AGUCUGGACGCGCUCUAGCCGCUGUGUCCCACUGAACUCCUAGGAGUGAAUGACAGACACGCAGCAGACGGACACUAAUCUCUCCAGAGUCCAACACGGCUGUCUGGAAUGAUGGGUGACGUUCAGUUUGUUACGGGAUCUCAUGUCUCCAAGACGACUCUGACUCUGGGACGAGGUUCCCCCAGCAAAGAGCCCCCUGUUUUUACCCUCCCGCCACGUAAUACCCGCGUCUGCCAAGGGGGUACCGCGCGCCUUGAAGGCAAGGUGCGUGGUUUUCCAGAGCCCCGGGUUUGCUGGUUUAGGAAAGGGAAGCUACUGAUAGCAGGAGAUCAUUAUUCAAUGGAACACAGUGCUCGUGGGAGCUUUAGUCUGGUGGUCCAGGAAGUCCAGGAUGACGAUGGAGGACGGUACACCUGUGAAGCUGUCAAUGAUGCUGGGAGCUGCCAGGUCACAGUGGAGAUCAUUGUGGAAGGAAAUGCAGGGAAAAAAUACAGUCUUCCUUCCUCCAACAGAGCAGGUGGAUCUCUGGGUGUUCCUGCAGUAGAGAACAGACCCAGUAUCUGGGGUGAAAGCCCCCCAAAGUUUGUGGCUAAACCUUCUCGCCUGUAUCUCAAAGUGGGACAGAGCGGCAAAUUCUCAGCCAAGAUCACGGGACGACCCCAGCCACUGGUGCAGUGGUAUAAGGGAGCAGAGACGAUCCAGCAGUCAGAUCACUUUAACAUGUUUGAGAGGUCAGGAAUGCAUUUCCUGGAGAUACGCCACAUGUGCUCAGAGGACGCUGGUGUCUACAGCUGUCUGGUGGCCAACAGUGCUGGGAAAGCCUCUGCAGCUGCUGAACUCAUUGCUCAAGAUGGAGACGCUGAAACAGUCACCAUGCCCAAACCAUCUCAAGAUCUCUCUACACAAUCUGUGGUCAAGCACAGCACCAACGGUCUGGACACUGAACAGAAAACGUCUAGCACAUCCGUCCGAACUGCAACCGCAGAGACAAGCGCACCGCUGUCCGCUGCUACUGUAGCCAGUGUUCAUUCUGUGACCAGAACAGAGGCACCGAAAAUAACAUCAUCACCAUCCUCACAACCUAUCAGCAAGUCCACAGAUGGAAGAUCAGCAGCUGGUCAAAAGACAUCACACUUUGUGAAGGAAAGAAGUCAGAACAUUGUAAAGAAAGAGUCGCAUGGCAUCAGAAGAGCUUGGGAUUCGUACAGAGCUCCAGAAGAGAUUCCUGAAACAUCACAGCGGGAGUCGAGCAGAGACGUUCGCCAGGAAACCAAAGAGAGCAAAACAGACUUUCUAGAAACUCCACCCAGUUUUGAAUCCCAGCCUGAGAGCCAAGAGGUUGUGCAGGGUGAAAAGGUCACGUUCAGAUGCCAAGUGUCUGGGUCUCCAGUGCCGACAGUGAGCUGGCUGAAGGAUGGAGCUCCUCUGAGACAGAGAUCAGGCGUCAGCACACGACAGGAGGGCAGUCUGCAUGUCCUGUGUCUGGAGAGCGCUCACAUAACUGACACGGGACAGUACGGCUGCACUGCUGCCAACAAAAGAGGAAAGACUGCGGCCCACUGCAGCCUGACUGUCAAACCUAAACCAGGUGUUAAGAGGUCUGCUGCUCCUCCUGUGACUGAUGUGAGGAGGCCGUCUUCCCCGGUGUUCCUCAGAGGUCUGCAGGAUCUCAGAGUCAUGGACGGCUGUCAGGUCACAAUGACCGUGGAAGUGACAGGAAAUCCUGCCCCUGAGGUGGUCUGGCUGCAUAAUGGAAAAGAGAUCCAAGAGUCUGAGGAUUUUCAUUUUGAGAGGAAGGGCUGUCGGUAUACUCUCUUCAUACAGGAAGUGUUUCCUGAGGACACAGGGACAUACACCUGUGAGGUGUGCAAUGAAGCCGGAGUCGCUCGCACCGAAGCCUCACUCACGGUACAAGAGCCUCAAGAUGGAGUUCAGCCCUGGUUCAUCACUAAAACCAAGUCCACUGCCGCCUCCCUGGGUCAACACGCUCUGCUGUCCUGUGCGAUCGCUGGUGACCCCUUCCCAGAAUUCCUCUGGAUGAAGGAUGGGCAGGUCAUAUCUGGAGGUGGGGACUUUGAGAUCCUACAGAAGGAAGACGUUGUCUCAUUGCUCAUCAGGAAAGUGAAGACACAUCAUGCUGGAAACUAUGAGAUUCAUCUCAAGAAUAAAGUAGGAGAGUGCAGGUCAGUGGCAGCUCUGCAGGUCAGCGAGGACCCCAUGCCAUCUGGUGACGAUUCUCAUAAACGCCGAGGGGUGGAGAGGACUGCGGCAGGCAGGGGAGGACAGCUGGAGACUCCCAGUGCUGCAGCGUCGCACUCCGAGCAACUCUGGGAACACGACAGUCAGGAUCAGGAAGAAGAGGAGGGCUGUGCCACCCGUGGGCUUCUCAAACGGUGCGUGGAGACAAAGGAGCAUCGGGAAGACCAGAUCCGUCAGCAGGAGGCCGAACAGAUCGACUUCAGAACCGUGCUCGGCCGCAAGGUCACCACUAAGAGCGUCUCUGAGGAAGACCUGAAGGAGAUCACGGCCGAGCAGAUGGACUUCAGGGGGAACCUCCAACGGCAGAUCAAGCCCAAGACCCAGACAGAAGAGGAACGCAAAGUCAACUCUCCACAGCAGGUGGACUUCAGAGCAGUGCUGGGAAAGAAGGGAAGCCAAGGCCCAAAACCCAGUCUUGGAUCCUUAGUGAAAGCACAAGCCAACAAAACUGAAGCUGUUGACUUCAGAUCCGUGUUAGGCAACAAGAAAAAACAACCAAGCCAGGACAGGAAUGGAGAAAGCCAAGGCAAUAAAGAUGCCAGAGGAAAGGAAAACGAUGUGAAUUGUGUGGAUGGAGGGAUAAAAGAAAAAACAAAAGAGCCCAUUUUUACGCAGAAACUGAGUGACAUGACAGUAUUGGAUGGGGAACGUUUGCAUCUGGAGUGCCAACUUUCCUCUGAGUCUCCAGCUAAAGUGACAUGGACGCUUGAUGGAAAACUCAUCAAACCAUCCAAAUUCAUCGUCAUUGCUAACGAGGGUGGUAAGUGCUCUCUGAGCAUUGAUAAAGCUCUGCCUGAGGAUGAAGGACAGUAUGUUUGCAGGGUGGAGACUAACGAGGGCAAGACAGAGUGUUCCUGUAUGGUCCUAGUGGAUGAUCCCAGUGUCUCCACACCAGCUGAUAAGCGGAGCAGGAAGCCCUCUACCCCGACCACAGAGAAUGAGGCCAAAAUAAAGAAACCCCCACCCAAAACGCUUCCUAAACAAGGUGCUCCUCCUCAGAUCCAGCAGUUCCCUGAUGAUAUGAAGAUCCUGGCGGGUCAGGAGGUCAGUCUGCUGUGUCAGUUCACUGGAGCUCAGCCCAUCAGCUGCACCUGGCUCAAGUUCCGCAAACCAAUUCAGGAAGGUCAGGGCAUCUCGGUAGUGAGCACAGACAGCAGCAGUCAGCUGACCAUCACAGAAGGACAGCAGGAGCACUGUGGCUGCUACACCAUCGAGCUCAAGAACAGCUGCGGCGUGAGACAGGCCGCCCUCAACCUCACUAUAGUCGAUAAGCCCGACCCUCCUGCUCGUGUCCCGGCAUCCUCAGACAUCCGUAAGUCCAGCCUCACACUGUCCUGGUACGGGCCGACAGACGACGGCGGCAGCGCCGUCCAGUCCUACAACCUGGAGACGUGGAGCUCUGUGGACAUGAAGUGGACAGAUCUGGCGUCCUGUAACAGCACCUCCUAUAACGUGCAGAACCUGCUUCCAGACAGGCAGUACAAGUUUCGAGUGAGAGCGGUGAAUAUUUAUGGUGUGGGAGAGCCCAGCGCUGAGUCUGCACCCGUGCAGGUGGGGCUGGAGGCCGAGGAGGAAAAUAAAGAUGAAGCUGAGCCUUCAGAUGAUGAAUCAGAGAAGGGACCGGAUUACAGAAAUGUGACGAUCGGGACAGACGUGAAGGUGAAGGACCUGUAUGAUGUGGAAGACAGACUGGGCACAGGGAAAUUCGGGACUGUUUUCAAACUGAUAGAAAAGUCCACAUCCCCCUGCUCUGCACACCUAUCAGAAAGAUUUCUUCUUUCAUUGUUUCUUGUUCUCUUUAGCGUCAGUGGUUUGUCUCCCUUCAUGGGGGACAAUGACAACGAGACGCUGUCUAACGUGACCUCAGCGACGUGGGACUUUGAGGACGAGGCGUUUGAUGAGAUCUCAGACGAGGCCAAAGACUUUAUCAGUAACCUGCUGAAGAAAGACAUGAAAGCUCGCCUGAGCUGCGAUCAGUGUUUCCAGCACCCCUGGCUCAAACAGGACACCACCAAUAUGGAGACCAAGAAGCUUUCCAAAGAGAGGAUGAAGAAAUACAUUCUGAGAAGAAAGUGGCAGAAAACAGGGCACGCGGUACGAGCUAUCGGUCGACUGUCUAACAUGGCAUUGUUGGCAGGCGUUCAUGCCAAAAAGAGCUCCCCCAAUGAAGAGGAUAAACAGUUUGCUGCUGAAUUGGAGGAGAAAACUCGAAUGAAACCCACGUUCAGUAAUGUUAUUAAAGAUGUUGAGGUGGUGGAAGGCAGUGCUGCUCGGUUCGACUGCAGAAUCGAAGGUUAUCCUGACCCUGAGGUGGUGUGGUAUAAGGACGACCAGCCGAUUAAAGAGACGCGCCAUUUUCAGAUCGAUUAUGACGAAGAUGGAAAUUGCAGUCUUGUUAUUUCUGAGGUCAGCGGUGAUGAUGACGCAAAGUACACCUGCAAGGCCAUGAACAGCGUCGGGGAGGCCAGCUGCACCGCCGAACUCAUCGUGGAGGUGAUGGGACGAGAGGAGGAGGAGGAGGAGGAAGAGUAAAAGACAACCUCUUUUGUCACGUUUCUCUUUUACACCUGUCUUUCGGACUUUCAGAUGAUGAGGAUGAUGAAGACCUCAGAUCACCUUUUGCUGCAUUUCCUUCAUUGCACUUCCAGUUUGUUCUUAUUGUAUUUAUGCAACAGCCAGCUAUCAGAUUUGUUCAUCACAUGACAUCAAUAUUACUCACAUUCUUCAUUGUCAUGUUUUACUCCAACCAAACAUUUCUAAACUCACAUGUGUGUUUGUGUGAUGAUCAUCGCUCGUGACUGUGUGAGACUGUGUGAGCUGUUACGGCAGCUUUAUUUAAGCACUGCAAACUCAUGUAAGGUUGUGUGUUUUUGUCUGGAGACGUUUUCCUCCUCUUUCACCAUCUGUCACAGUAGCAGCACUCAACAGAUAUUUGGAGACACGUGUUAAAUGUAUGUUUAUUUGAUUAGGAAUGUCUGUAGAUUAUAUUUCUUGAAAUGUUUUUUAGAUAUAUACGCGUUUGAUAAAGUGCAGAUUGCAUUGUAAUGAGAACACUACAAAUGUAGUUAUUCACUUUUAAAGAUUAAAUUUUGAUCACAAACACUGUAAGUUGUUGUGCUCACUUAAAAAACAGAGUCAUUGAAAGUUGUUAAAACAAUUUAUGACAGUCAUAAUCCAGUGCAUCCUUGGCUGCUUUUGUACAACUAAGGAAAAUAUUAAAGGACACAAUUCAUUAAAAUGUUAUUUUACUAAGCUAAUUCCAAAAUAAACGAAGAGUAAAAAUUAAACCGCAUCGUGUCCUACAACAUCAAAAAAAAAGUUGGGAAAGUUUGCCUAUUACAGAACAUCACUCCCCCCACCCCCUGUAUUUUUCAUAUUUUGGUCACUGUUACGUUUAAGGAUUGGACACAUCCUGAAGUAUAGUCAGGGGCAUUAAGUUCAACUUUGUUUCGAGUUUCAAAUUAAAACUAACAGCACACUCUUCGCCAGAUGGCGCUGUGUUGUCACAACUAUACAUUCAAUGUGUUGUCUCAAGAUAUUUUGGACAUAAAACAGUUGUGACCCUGGACC